AUAUUUAUUUGAUCGCGUAUCUAUGAGUUCAUAAGAUAUGUUUCUUCCCCUAAUUGUCCAUGCAAAAAUGAUUGCUGAACAAACAUGAGACACAGCUUCCAUUUUUGGUAUGCCUUUCUUCUUAUCCUUGUCCUUGGCCGCCACAUUUCUUCACUGAAGACUUGUCCAAACUGUGGCACUAUCCAAGUUCCAUACCCUUUGAGCACAGAUUCAACUUGUGGUGAUCAAAACUACAAGCUUCGUUGUGAUCCCCACUCUCAAAGGCUUUUGUUCGACACCCUCAACGGAAGUUCCUAUCUUGUUCUCAGAAUCAUGUCUUCAAACCAACGCAUGGUGGUUCAGCCAUCACCUUGGUUACCAGGUUCGUGUGUCACACAAGACAUGCCAAGAAGCAAUGGUAUAUGGUUAAAUCAAUCACUCCCUUUCAACAUAACUUCAUCCAACACAGUGUUCCUCUUUAACUGUUCCCCUCGCCUCUUGGUUUCUCCACUUAACUGUACUUCUUCUAGUAUUUGCCAUCGUUAUUUGGAGAAUUCAGGCCAUGUUGACACAAAACUAUCAUUAGAGUGUGCAAGUGGUCUUCACCCUUGUUGCACUUUUCUAGCUGGAGGGAUACCUUCAGCUUACAGGAUCCGGCUUCAUGAUUCUGGUUGCAAAGCAUUCAGAAGCAUAAUUCACUUGAACCAAGACAAGCCUCCGAAUCAGUGGGAGGAAGGUCUUGAAAUUCAAUGGUCUCCUCCACCUGAACCAGUGUGCAAGAAUCAAAGGGAUUGCUCUGAAGACUCUAAGUGUUCCCCUACUAAUAGAAAUGGCCUAUUUCGAUGUCUUUGUAAUGGGGGACACGUUUGGAACCCUUUUGAAGCAACCUGUGUGAGGUAUGAGAGAAAAUCCAAAUGGAAAACCAGCUUGGUUGUCUCAAUAGGGGUUGUUGUUACUUUUUUCUCCCUUGCUGUGGUUCUUACCAUCAUCAAAAAGUCCUGCAAACUCUCUAACUAUAAAGAGAAUCAGGCCAAGGACGAAAGAGAAGAGAAGCUGAAAUCAAGUGCUAUGGAGAAGCCUUGUAGGAUGUUUCAACUGAAAGAGGUGAAGAAAGCAACAAACGGCUUUUCACACGAGAGGUUCUUGGGGAGUGGUGGAUUUGGGGAAGUUUUCAAAGGUGAAUUACAAGAUGGAACAUUGGUGGCUGUGAAAAAAGCUAGAGUGGGAAACCUGAAAAGCACCCAGCAAGUGCUUAAUGAGGCCGCAAUACUUUCUCAAGUGAAUCACAAGAACCUAGUCAGGCUCUUGGGGUGUUGUGUGGAAUCUGAGCUUCCACUUAUGAUCUAUGAGUAUAUCUCAAAUGGGACCCUCUAUGACCAUCUUCAUGGUAGGUAUUGUUCCAACUUUCUAGAUUGGAAAACAAGGCUCAAAGUUGCUUUUCAAACUGCAGAAGCAUUGGCUUACUUGCAUUCUGCUGCACACACUCCAAUCUACCAUAGAGAUGUUAAGUCAACAAACAUACUAUUGGAUGAUGAAUUCAAUGCAAAGGUCUCAGAUUUUGGACUCUCAAGAUUGGCUAGCCCUGGAUUGAGUCACGUGUCAACAUGUGCUCAGGGAACUUUAGGGUACUUGGAUCCUGAAUACUACCGCAACUACCAGUUAACAGAUAAAAGUGAUGUUUAUAGUUAUGGGGUUGUGUUGCUAGAACUUUUGACAUCACAGAAAGCGAUUGACUUCAAUCGUGAUCAAGAUGAUGUCAACCUAGCAAUUCAUGUGAACCAACAUGCCAGCAAUGGUACAAUCAUGGAAGUGAUGGAUCAAAGGCUUCUUAUUUCCCUGGAGACUUUGGGGGAUAAAAUGUUCACAAGCAUAAAACUCUUUUUGGAGCUUGCACUUGAAUGUCUAAGGGAGAAGAAAGGUGAAAGGCCUAAUAUGAGGGAUAUUGUUCAACGCCUACUAUGCAUAAUUAGGAUUGUAGAACAAGAGUGAAUUAAUUAGUGUACACAUGUAGCUUUUGUUUGAUUAUAAAUGAAGUGUGUAAUAGUUAGCUUAUAGUUAGUAUUUAAUUAAUGGUGCAAAACUUAAAAGCUGUAUUGAUAUUGAAACUUGGUAGUGGCAAUGGGAUCUUUGAUAUAGAUAGUGAUUAGCCCACUGAGAAAGGAGGUAAAGUGAUUCCAAAACUGGAUUUAUUGGGGUUGAGAAGAACUGGGUCGGAAUCAGAUGCUUUCAAUCUGUCGAAAGUAUGAACUGUUAUCAAAAGUAGUAUAUGCAGUUGUUAGAAUCUUUGAGAAUGAAUUUGUUUCUCGUCCAAAGUCAUCUUCCUUUUACAAGUUAGGAAAGCAUUUUCAAUUAGACUUUGAAAUGGAAAUUCAAUUUGGUUAUACUAGGAAAGCAUCAUUAAAAGGUAAUGAUUUUUCUAAUCCACAAAGGAUUAUAUGCGAUCUUUUUCCUAAUAUAGGGCCUCAAGUUGAUAAUCCACUCUUCCCCCCCUCCACUAAUUAUCCGCACUAUAGAAACGUUAUUUGCAUAUAUUUUC